UUGCUCUUUUUUGUAGAGUUGGAUUGAAAAACUUGAGAAACAUUUGUUGUAACACCUGAAGAUAAUGAAUUUAUGGGCCAGGUGAACUCGAUUUAUGUUUUGGUGUUGAAAGAAAUCGCGAUUUGUUCCAUCCCGCAAAUCCCAAUCUGCAAAUUGAAAUGUGUCAGAGGCUAGAUUAUCAUAAAAUAACCUGGGAUGAAAAGGGUCGAUAUCUGGAAACAAGUUCAUGAAUGCAGUGGUUAAGUUGUUGUUGAAGUGCGACACUUCGGGCAGCCGAAAAAAUUUAGUCCCUUGAAAACAAAUUCGCAAAAAGUUCUAAACUGUUCGGUCAACUUCAUUUGGAUUUUAAAGGCAUGUUGUUAAAACCUAAUUGUUAAGUCGGGUAAUGAUCUUGUGUCAGACCUGUGAUUUCUCCAUCUAAAAUGUACAGUAGGUUUAUUUAAAGCGUUUAAAUUAUAAUUUCUCAUCAUGUCAAGUCUUAAUUCAAAGGGGAAUUGUUUUAACACAGCAUGUAAAGUUCAAACUCAAACAGCCAUGGUGUCAUUAGAAAAAAAUGAUACAUUUUUUGGAUCAUUUAAACGAGAGAAAUUCAACUUUAAGAUUACGCUUUCUUGAUCAUCAUUGGUAGAUGGUGACUGUAUUAAAUGGCAAGUAGAUUCAGCACUGUGCUACUAUGGUGCUUAUGAUUACUGGGGAGCGGGUACCACGGUAACAGUUACUUCAGCCACUUCAACCAAACCAACUGUGUUCCCUCUGAUGCCAUGUGGUUCUGGGACUGGAACUACGGUCACUCUGGGCUGCCUCGCCACCGGCUUCUCACCUUCCCCACUGACUUUCGCAUGGAACAAAAAUGGAGCUGCCUUGACAGGUUCUAUUCAGUACCCUUCGGUACUGAAAGGCGAGCACUACACAGGAGUCAGUCAAAUCGUAGUCCCGAAACAGGACUGGGACUCGAGCAAGCCGGGCCAAUACAAAUGUGCUGUGACACAUUCUGCAGGAACUGGAGAAGCUUUCUUCCAAAAGAAAGGUGUGCGGGUUGUCAAGCCAAACAUCACACUUCAUCCUGUCUGGGAAGGUGAAUUUAGGGCCUCACCUGUCAGACUCAUCUGCACCUUAAGUGGCUUCUUCCCCGGCAAAUUGGAAGUGGAGUGGCAAAGGGACAAACAGACCUUAACUAUUACUCCAACUGAAACGAAGCUGCAGAGUAUUGAGGGAGGGGAGAAAACCUUCAGUCGAAUCAGCGAAAUCGAGCCCGCGAAGAAAGAAUGGGAAAGCGGCUCAACGUUUGGAUGCAAGGCCCGACACAACAAACAGGAAUUUACAAAAACAGUAAAUAUUUGUCAAGUGUAUUCGAGUGCCGCUGCUUCCAUUGAUGUGGAGAUCCCCAGCUUCAGGACUGUAAUGAUGGCAGAAUCUAGAGUGACAGCAACAUGUUCGGUCCACACUCUGUUUGAUGUCAAGGUGACCUGGGUGAUGGAUGGAGGACAGCAGAGCAAAGGAACCACGAAUUCAAACGCAACUCAUAUCAUCAGUGAUGUGUCGGUUCCCUCAAGUGUGUGGAAACAACUCAAGUCUAUAACAUGUAAAGCUGAACAUAAGUGCCUCUCAUCCACUGAGAGGACUGUGAAGGUUACAGGUCCUGCAGUUACAGUUCCAUCAGUGGAGAUUAAGAGGUCUCUCCAAGAUUUGCUGAAGGGACAAAGUGCUGAGCUCGAGUGCGACAUCACCAAUCUCUCCUCCAGCGACCUCUACGUCACCUUUCAGGCAAACGAUAGAGACAUCUCUGACAGAAUGUAUGUGGACCUUCCUGUAGCCCCAGGCCUCCAUUCAAUCACCAGAAGCUUCUCCAUUCCUGAAAAUCACUGGAAGAAAGACACAACUUUCACCUGCAAAGUCCAGCAAGGCUUCUCCUCCAAGUUCACCUCAAAGUCAACUGGAAAUAUAUUUGCGGACCCUUCUGUGGAGCUUCUCCUGGUCCCCAGUGAAGAGUCCGGACCACAGAGACUCUUAUGCUCUGCUUGUGGCUUCAACCCUCAAAUUCAAUGGUUUUCUGAGUCCAAGAAACAAACUUCAAACAGCGAUGUCACAAUGGGAGCAGACGGACGUGUGACAAUGACCAGUCAACUCAAUAUCCCCCAAACUGAGUGGAAAACAGGGAAAGUCUUCACUUGUAAUGUGUCUGACUCGUCCCUGAGAGAAACUGUCCACAAGAAUGUCAGCCUCUGCUCAGUGUAUUCGAGUGCCGCUGCUUCCAUUGAUGUGGAGAUCCCCAGCUUCAGGACUGUAAUGAUGGCAGAAUCUAGAGUGACAGCAACAUGUUCGGUCCACACUCUGUUUGAUGUCAAGGUGACCUGGGUGAUGGAUGGAGGACAGCAGAGCAAAGGAACCACGUAUUCAAACGCAACUCAUAUCAUCAGUGAUGUGUCGGUUCCCUCAAGUGUGUGGAAACAACUCAAGUCUAUAACAUGUAAAGCUGAACAUAAGUGCCUCUCAUCCACUGAGAGGACUGUGAAGGUUACAGGUCCUGCAGUUACAGUUCCAUCAGUGGAGAUUAAGAGGUCUCUCCAAGAUUUGCUGAAGGGACAAAGUGCUGUGCUCGAGUGCGACAUCACCAAUCUCUCCUCCAGCGACCUCUACGUCACCUUUCAGGCAAACGAUAGAGACAUCUCUGACAAAAUGUAUGUGGACCUUCCUGUAGCCCCAGGCCUCCAUUCAAUCACCAGAAGCUUCUCCAUUCCUCAAAAUCACUGGAAGAAAGACACAACUUUCACCUGCAUAGUCCACCAAGGCUUCUCCUCCAAGUUCACCUCAAAGUCAACUGGAAAUAUAUUUGCGGACCCUUCUGUGGAACUUCUCCUGGUCCCCAGUGAAGAGUCCGGACCACAGAGACUCUUAUGCUCUGCUUGUGGCUUCAACCCUCAAAUUCAAUGGUUUUCUGAGUCCAAGAAACAAACUUCAAACAGCGAUGUCACAAUGGGAACAGACGGACGUGUGACAAUGACCAGUCAACUCAAUAUCCCCCAAACUGAGUGGAAAACAGGGAAAGUCUUCACUUGUAAUGUGUCUGACUCGUCCCUGAGAGAACCUGUCCACAAGAAUGUCAGCCUCUGCUCAGUGUAUUCGAGUGCCGCUGCUUCCAUUGAUGUGGAGAUCCCCAGCUUCAGGACUGUAAUGAUGGCAGAAUCUAGAGUGACAGCAACAUGUUCGGUCCACACUCUUUUUGAUGUCAAGGUGACCUGGGUGAUGGAUGGAGGACAGCAGAGCAAAGGAACCACAAAUUCAAACGCAACUCAUAUCAUCAGUGAUGUGUCGGUUCCCUCAAGUGUGUGGAAACAACUCAAGUCUAUAACAUGUAAAGCUGAACAUAAGUGCCUCUCAUCCACUGAGAGGACUGUGAAGGUUACAGGUCCUGCAGUUACAGUUCCAUCAGUGGAGAUUAAGAGGUCUCUCCAAGAUUUGCUGAAGGGACAAAGUGCUGUGCUCGAGUGCGACAUCACCAAUCUCUCCUCCAGCGACCUCUACGUCACCUUUCAGGCAAACGAUAGAGACAUCUCUGACAGAAUGUAUGUGGACCUUCCUGUAGCCCCAGGCCUCCAUUCAAUAACCAGAAGCUUCUCCAUUCCUGAAAAUCACUGGAAGAAAGACACAACUUUCACCUGCAAAGUCCAGCAAGGCUUCUCCUCCAAGUUCACCUCAAAGUCAACUGGAAAUAUAUUUGCGGACCCUUCUGUGGAGCUUCUCCUGGUCCCCAGUGAAGAGUCCGGACCACAGAGACUCUUAUGCUCUGCUUGUGGCUUCAACCCUCAAAUUCAAUGGUUUUCUGAGUCCAAGAAACAAACUUCAAACAGCGAUGUCACAAUGGGAGCAGACGGACGUGUGACAAUGACCAGUCAACUCAAUAUCCCCCAAACUGAGUGGAAAACAGGGAAAGUCUUCACUUGUAAUGUGUCUGACUCGUCCCUGAGAGAAACUGUCCACAAGAAUGUCAGCCUCUGCUCCGUGUAUUCGAGUGCCGCUGCUUCCAUUGAUGUGGAGAUCCCCAGCUUCAGGACUGUAAUGAUGGCAGAAUCUAGAGUGACAGCAACAUGUUCGGUCCACACUCUGUUUGAUGUCAAGGUGACCUGGGUGAUGGAUGGAGGACAGCAGAGCAAAGGAACCACGUAUUCAAACGCAACUCAUAUCAUCAGUGAUGUGUCGGUUCCCUCAAGUGUGUGGAAACAACUCAAGUCUAUAACAUGUAAAGCUGAACAUAAGUGCCUCUCAUCCACUGAGAGGACUGUGAAGGUUACAGGUCCUGCAGUUACAGUUCCAUCAGUGGAGAUUAAGAGGUCUCUCCAAGAUUUGCUGAAGGGACAAAGUGCUGUGCUCGAGUGCGACAUCACCAAUCUCUCCUCCAGCGACCUCUACGUCACCUUUCAGGCAAACGAUAGAGACAUCUCUGACAAAAUGUAUGUGGACCUUCCUGUAGCCCCAGGCCUCCAUUCAAUCACCAGAAGCUUCUCCAUUCCUCAAAAUCACUGGAAGAAAGACACAACUUUCACCUGCAUAGUCCACCAAGGCUUCUCCUCCAAGUUCACCUCAAAGUCAACUGGAAAUAUAUUUGCGGACCCUUCUGUGGAACUUCUCCUGGUCCCCAGUGAAGAGUCCGGACCACAGAGACUCUUAUGCUCUGCUUGUGGCUUCAACCCUCAAAUUCAAUGGUUUUCUGAGUCUGAGCAACAAUCUUCAAGCAACAACGUCACCAUGGGAGCAGACGGACGUGUGACGAUGACCAGUCAACUCAAUAUCCCCCAAACUGAGUGGAAAACAGGGAAAGUCUUCACUUGUAAUGUGUCUGACUCGUCCCUGAGAGAAACUGUCCACAAGAAUGUCAGCCUCUGCUCAGUAACUCCAGCAUCCUCUCAGAUAGUUGGCGUAUUUGUUCAGGGACCUCCACUCAAGGAAUUCCAGAACAAGGGACAGGUGACUAUCACCUGUCUUCUUGUCGGCUCUCGUCUCAAUGAUUUCAACAUCACCUGGAGAUUGGAUGGGGACAAAUCUUCUCUGUUCUAUAAAGAGCCACCAGUGGGGCACAGCAAUGGGACAGAGACUUUGAGGAGUGUCCUCAAUGUGUCCGCAGAGGACUGGCAUGCACAUAAACAAGUGUCUUGUGAAGCAAAGCACCUAUGCUCGAGCCAGGGCUACGAGGGCCAUACAAGCAAAAGCAGAGUUUUUCAUCAACCAACAGUGAAGAUAAUACAACCAACUGCCCCUGAGCUCUCUGCGUCAGAUGACCUCCAACUUAUUUGCCUCGUCUCUGGGUUUUACCCAUCCAAUGUCAUUGUGUACUGGGAAGGGAGUGGCCAGAGACUCCCAUCCACUCGCUACACCAACAGUGCUGAGUGGACAUACACAGGGAGCGGCACUUACUCAAUGAGCAGCAGACUCAACAUAUCCAAAACUGAAGACAAGAGCUCUACGUAUUCCUGCUUUGUGAGACAUGAAUCAUCUGAAACGCCUUUUAAAAGCACUAUAGAGAAUGUGUUUGCUACAGUCACUCACACUGAACCUUCAGCCACCUUGCUCCAGGGCACAAACGAACUUGUGUGCCUGGUCUUCGACUUCAGCCCUGCAUCCAUUAACAUCACAUGGUUCCUUGAUGAAUCCGUGCUACUGUUGGACUACAACACUAGCGAGCCCCACGAAAGCCAGAUUGGAAAGUUCAGUGUCCGAAGCCACCUUCGUCUCCCCAAAGGCAACUGGUUACCAGGAGCAGUCGUAACCUGCAGGGUGUCCCAUGCAAACACCACCCUAUCCCUGAAUAUAUCUAAACCAGACAACUUGGAGCACUGCACCUUCUUCGAUGAAAUUAUGAAUGCUGAUAUGAAUCAAGAUAUAGAUGUUGAAAGCUGGUAUAUGGCUUUAACUUUUAUGCUUCUUUUCUUCAGUUCUGUCAUCUUUGGUGUCUCAGCUACCAUGAUUAAGACUAAAUGAUGGUGAUCGCGGGACAGAUCCCAUGCAAUGGUUCUAAUUUGAAUAUUGCCUGAACAGUUUCAACUUUAUCUCCUUUAAAUUCUUUUUCACUUUCUUCUUUAGUUUAUGUUUGUAUUAUCGUGGACUGCAUUUAUUUUUGAUUCUCUCUUCAAAUGUCAACUUUGAGUUUUAAAUACCAAUAUAAUGAAAAAUUAUUCUAUUACUGGAGUUGUUCUUGUAUUUCAACAAUAAAACAAAUGAUCUACA